GUCAUUGAGAGGCGGCGCCGCCUCCUUCUCCUCUUCCAGCUUCUCGCUUUCUCUUUCGUUUCCCCUCCCAGGUGAUCGAGAAUAACACAAGCCCGGCAAAGGAAGAAAGCGGGGCUGCCCCGAGGGGGGCUCGUGAAGGGCGGGUAUUCGAAACUUAAGGAAGGAGGGGUGUGCCUCCUGGCCGAGCUGCAUCAAGGGGACGAGGGGGCUGCCGCCGCUGCGGGCGGGGACGCGAAGAGAAGGACGGGCCUUCCGACGGAGCUGCACCAGGAGGACCAUAGAGGAGCUUCCCCGGGAGGCUGAAAAAGCAAGGAUGGCGGUCCAGGAGCUGCUGGCCUGCCGGGCGCUGAAGGAGCUGUGCGCGUCGGGGGGCUGCCUGGAGAAGGGCGAGCUCUCGAAGCGGCUGCGCCUCGAGGGUAACCCUGCGCUCCUAGCCCAGAUCCUCCAGGACGCGAAGAAGUUCACUCUGGUGACCCGGGAAGAGGGGGCCCCCUGUGCGGUCGAGAGCGGCGGCCACCGGGUGGUUGUGGCCACCAGCGGGGUGCGGCUGUGCCGGGAACACGGCAGCGGGAAAUGCCCAGGACGCUGCCAGCAGCUCCACAUCUGCCGGUACUUCGUGUACGGCGGGUGUCGCAACCAGGGCACCAAGAGACAAUGCAAGUUCAUCCAUGACUUUAAUUCCCUGCCUAAUCUGAAUGUCCUAAAAGAACAUGGCUUGGAAAGCUUAAACUCUGACGAAUUAUGUCAGCUGCUGCUUCAGAAUGAUCCUUCACUCUUGCCUGAGAUAUGUCCAUAUUAUAAUAAAGGGGAUGGACCCUAUGGGUCUUGUACCUUUAAGAAGAUCUGUGUCAAACUUCACAUAUGCCAGUACUAUCUCCAGGGAGAAUGCAGAUUUGGGAGCAACUGCAAGCGGUCACAUGACAUUUUUAACCCAGAGUGUUGUGAGAAGUUGGAGAAGUGGGGAAUGAACCAAACCCUGAUUGGUAAAGUUCCCUUGAUCUACAAGAACGCAUGUGACAUCAAAAACUGUACGCCAUCACCUUGCAAAGAACGAAGAGAAAGCAGUGGUCAGGGCUCACUGACUACCAACAGUAGUGAAGCUUCAGAAGAGAUUUGCUUGUACCACAUUAGAAAAAGUUGUAGCUUUCAAGAUAAAUGUAUUCGCGUUCACUUCCAUUUGCCAUAUAGAUGGCAGAUCUCUGAAGGUACCCAGUGGAAAGAUUUGACCAAUAUGGAGAAAAUUGAGGAGGCCUACUGCGACCCAUUUAAUGAAAGGGUUUCCUGCCACAAGACUGGAUGUGGCCCCAAGCACCUGGACAUCAAUUUCUCCAACAUGACCUGUGGCUCUGCCAAAGUGAGACGCCUUUCCACAUCAUCCUCUGUGACCAAGCCCCCUCACUAUAUUCUCACAACAGAUUGGAUCUGGUACUGGAAAGACAACGAUGGGGUGUGGAAUGAAUAUGGACAAAAAGAUGGUGACCAAGAUGCUGCCACAAUUCUGAGUCUUGAUCUGGAGAAAGCUUUUCAGUAUGAAAUGUCUCCAACAUUGAAGUUCUCAGCUGGAAAACAUAAUUAUGAGCUUGAUUUUAAAGCCAUGAAACAGAAAAACUGUUAUUACCUAACAGAACGCAGUGUUCGUAGGCGACCUAAGUUUAUGUCUCUAAAAGAAAUAGAGAAGAAGAAAACCAGUGGGGCAGAGCAAUCGAAAGGAGGCCCUCUGCAGAUUCCAGCGCACUGGGACCAGACAGCCUUGCCAGAGCUGGGAUAUAAGCUGAUCACCCUUCCUUCAUCUUCCAAUGAGUACAGAAAGGUCCAGGUUAACUUUCAGCGAACUAUGCCCAAAGCAACUAUUUUGGCCAUCAAGAGAAUCCAGAAUCUAGCUCUCUGGCAGGUGUAUCAGUGGCAGAAAGAUCAAAUGAAGAAGGUAAAUGGAGGAAAGAAUGUGGAUGAGAGGCCAUUAUUUCAUGGGACAAGCAAAAACCAUGUGGAUGCUAUCUGCCAGCAGAACUUUGACUGGAGGAUCUGCGGCGUUCAUGGGACAGCCUAUGGCAAAGGAAGUUACUUUGCAAGGGAUGCUUCAUAUUCUAACAACUACUGCAAGAGCGAUUCCACCUGCAAGACCAUGUUUCUGGCCCGAGUAUUGGUGGGGGAGUUUACUACUGGUUUCUCUGACUAUCUCCGUCCUCCUCCUAAAGACAGCCAGAACACUACUUUCUAUGACAGUUGUGUGAAUGCUCUCCAGAAUCCAUCCAUCUUUGUCAUUUUUGAGAAGCACCAGAUAUAUCCUGAAUACGUGAUAGAAUAUAGAAGUUAGAUGGAAUUUGCCUAUGGAGUAACCGAUGUCGCCUAUCGCUCUGCCUUAUUGGCUCCUUUCCAGAAGAUUAAAUGAAGAAUCUUUUUAUAUGUGUAUUUGUAUUAGGGCUGUAAUGUUUAGUCAGUUUAACCAAUUGGUUAAUCUGUCUAAAACCCCUUUUGUCUUUUACAUAGGUUCUCUUGCUAAUCAGGCAGUAGAUUUUUAUUCUUUUAAAAAAGCCUUUAAGUUUUUACAAAUCUGUGGAUGAUAGAUGCCUUCUUAGAGGAAGCACUUUCUCCUCUCUUGGAAGGAAAUUGCCUUGGCUGUGUUGGUGCCUGGUGUGAUACCUUUUGAGUGUCGCCUAAAAACAAAGAAUGUUGUCUUUCCCACACCCCUGAGCUGUUGUCUCGUUCACAUGCAGGCAAUUAAUUGUAUGGGCUUUAAUUGGUUAAAUGACUACAAUUUCUUCUAGCAGGUGAUAGCUUUAAUAUAUGUAUUUUCUUUUUUAAAUUUCCAAAGGACACUGUGUUGCAUGAAUUUCAGUUCAUACCCUCUUCAUGCAGUUAGUAAGGUAGCAUGAGAGAGUACUCCUUGUAGUAAUUUCUAGCAUGCCUUUCUAAAUGCCUCUGCUUUACUGCAGCAGACUAACAUUUCAGGAGUAAGAGUUGAGCAUAUUAUCCAGUCACUUACACAAACUUACCCCAGUGGUUUCUCCCUAAAACCUCAGGUACAUGAAGCCACAAGUGCAAUAUACUAACAUAAAAGUUUGGGGGAGCCUCUUAAAAACCUCCCUCAAACAGCUGGAAGUUCAACCUGUGUCAUUCUUGGUGACAGAAACUUCUUUUCUUCCGAUUAGAGGCAUACUUGGUAUGACACUUCAGGGUUCUAGAGAGCAAUUGGUUCUCUUUCUCCUUCAACAAGGCAGCUGCCUCUGGUGAGAAUGUCAAGACCUUCCCUGCGCUUUACUUUACUUUUGGCUCGGGUUCCUUACCCUACAGUAUAUUAAGACUUUCUCAUCACGUUUUUUCUUGCUUAACAUUAGUCUUCUGAUUUCUCUCAUGAAUCAUCCAGAGUUUUAACAUUUUUGAGUUUUUAAAGUGAAAUCAAUGUUGAAAAUGUGUUAAAUUCUCUCCAGAGACAGACAGGAGGAUUUAAUUUGGUUGGAUAUGGCCUUGCAGCUGUAGCUUGGUGAGUGGAUCGCUAAAGGCUAUCAAGGAGCCCAUCUGAUUUGGUAACUGUUUGCUGUAAUCAAUAGGAGCAAUCAAUAGGAGCAGCUUCUUAAAAUGGCUCUAUUUUAAUGUGUGGAAUACAUUUCGUCAGGUCCUGUUUUGAGAGUGCCUUAGAUUUUCCUUGGAGUUCUUGAACUAGAAACUCUCUCCAGAUAUAGCUGUAAAACCUUUCAGAGUCAUGAAGCUCAAGUGGAUACCAUCUGGCUCACUUUUCUCUUGCAUUGUAUCUAACUUGCCCUUAGGUGCAAAUUAAAGGACUGAAGUAACAAAGGUUAUUUCUGGGUGCUUUUUGGGUUCGAUUAUUAUUAUUAUUUUGGUAAAAAUUGCCGUAUGUUCUGUAGCUGUCAGCAGAAAGCUCACUUUAACAUUUAAUUGUGCAUCAACAGAUUGCUAUGCUUGGGAUAGGAACUAGAUUGAUAUUGUAGGAACUGCAGGAAGAGUAACUUGGAGCCAAAGAUAUAGCAAGGAAGAUAAUGGUGGGGGUAACUGGAAUAAAGUACAGGAAUAGCCAGGCUAUGGGUAAUCCAGAAAACACUUUGCUUGAAAAGAUGGUUUGGUGUAGGGAUUGGAAAAUAGAGCUUGGCUACAGAAUUAUUAGCGGGUUGGUCGGCCAGUCUACUUUCGUAUUAAAAGAUAUUUGUUCUAUUUCCUCUAAUGCGCAGAACAGUUUCUUAAAGUUUAAUAGUAUGCAAGACCAAAAAGAUGCACACUAACAUGAAGAAACUGAGCAAUUCCUCUUUGGGUUAAGGAUAAUGAGCUAAAUUACUAUAAUGAUCACUUUGCUGCAUUUCUCUCGGCUUUCCUGCUUCUGUUUUUUUAAUGGUUGUUUUUGGUGUGUUGUGGUUUUUACUGUGUAACUGGUUUUAAGAUUUUAAAUGUGAUUUUUAGAGAGUUGUAGUCUAUUUUAAUUUUCAUAAACUGCCUUGGGAUGUCUUACAAAAGGCGGUAUAAAAAUUGAACACCCACA